AUGGGAGGUGGAGGAAUGGGAGGGAUGGGAGGAGGAGGGAUUGGAGGAAUGGGAGUAGGGGGAAUGGGAGGAGGAGGGAUGGGAGGGAUGGGAGGAGGAGGGAUGGGAGGGAUGGGAGGGAUGGGAGCAGGAGGGAUGGGAGGAAUGGGAAGAGGUAUGGGUGGUGGUGGAGGGAUAGGAUCCAGAGCAGCCGAGCCCUACCGCCUGGCAGCUCACGACAGCCCCACUUCCCCCCGACACAUGCAGUCCAGCCAAGGGUCUGGCAUGGGGCACGGCCCAGGCUCCGCCCACGGGAUGGGUCACGGCCCGGCUGGCUCCAGCAUGGGAGGCCAUGGAGGUCACGUCCAGCCGAGCCCCGGCCAGCAUCCCUCCCGUCGCAACCUCCAGGUCGACUUCAGUGGUUCGGGAGGCUCUAGGACGGGCCGCUCUCCUUCUGUGUCUCCUGACCGGGGCGUGACUCCCACAUCACCUUACUCCGUGCCACAGAUUGCACCCAUGCCGAGCAGCAAACUGUGCCCAGUGUGCAAGACCACAGAGCUGUCAAACCCACCGGCUGUACCCAACUACAACACCUGCACCCAGUGUAAAUCCACCGUCUGCAACCAGUGUGGGUUCAAUCCCAACCCUCACCUCACUGAGGUCCAGGAAUGGCUGUGUCUGAACUGCCAGAUGCAGCGAGCUCUUGGCAUUGACAUGACCACACCUCGGUCUAAGAGCCAACAGCAGAUUCACUCUCCGUCUCACCAACCCAAACCCAUUGUCCAACCUCAGCAGCCCGCAGCACAGCCAAUACAGCCCGCUGCUACAGUCCAGUCAAAGCCUUUGCAACAGCAGCAACAGCAUCAACCUCAGCCUCAACCCUACAGCCAGACUCAACCGUAUUCCCAGUCUCAGCCAUACUCCCAGUCCCAGCAGUAUCCCCAGUCUCAGCCCCAGUCAUACCCCACAUCACAACCGGGGUCCCAGACGCAGGGUUUCAGUUCGCCAGGCUUACAGAGACAUCCAGGCCCUGGUGGCCCCCAGUCUCAGACAGGACCCUCUCAGCAGGGAAUGAGGUCUGACCCAUACUCCCAAAGGGGUCCUGGGACUUCAGGAACUGUUGGAGGUCCAACCGGAGGCCCCAGCCAACUGGGAGGUCCUCGUAUUCCACACCCUGGUGCUGUACCCCUUCCUGGUUUGGCCAAGGCACCCUCACAGCCCGAUUUGGGUCGCGGUUCUCCAAUGCAUCAAUCUGUGGCGCGACACCAUGACCAAACCAGAAGCGCUGGAUCCUCCCCAGCCCAUAAACCUCAAAGUCAGGCCCCUCCCCCUGCCCAGGAUGGCCUUACCAAGCUGUUUGGCUUUGGGGCAUCGCUGCUCAAUCAGGCUAGCACCCUGAUCAAUGUCGACCCUCUGCCCACUGCUCCCACACAGCCAAGUCCUGCGAGAGGUAAGGUGGUGUUCAGCAACGCAGCGUCUGACAACAGACAGCAACAACAAGGGGCCACCAGCACCAAACCUUUCGGUAUGGGGGGUCCUCACGCCCCAAGCCAAAUAGGAGGUCCUUAUCCACCAAGCCAAAUGGGAGGUCCUCAUGUGCCAGGUCAAACAGGAGGUCCUCAUGCACCAGGUCAAAUGGGAAGUACCAUGACUGGACCACAUGCGACAAGCCAGAAACAACAGCAAAAGACUAUGCCCAAUCAACAAGAGAGGAUCCAACAGCAGUCACCCGUCCAUCAUCAAAAAGGGCAGCAAGCACAACAUCCACAAACGCAAGGAAAACCGCAUCAGCAAACGCCUACCCAUCAGCAGAAAGUGGCGCCAAAGCAGGAGCCGGCAGCAGCACCUGUGGUCGCUCCGGAGCCAGUAAAGCCCAAGGUGAACUGCCCUCUUUGUAAAACAGAGCUGAACAUCGGCAGCUCCGACCCACCAAACUACAACUCCUGCACGCAGUGCCACAGCCAAGUGUGUAACCUGUGUGGCUUCAACCCUACACCGCAUCUGGUGGAGAAAAAAGAGUGGUUAUGUCUCAACUGCCAGACCCAGCGGCUGAUGUCUGGAGGCGGCCUUGACGAACCUCCACUUCCUGUUCCUCAUCCGUCCCCCAAACACCAAGCAAUGGGUUCACCUCGUCACCAGACGCCAACCAGUCAGCAAAGCCCUCUCCACAAAGCCAGCCCCCAGCAGGGGCCCAAGCCAGCCCAGGCCCAGGCACAAAAGCCACAGGCGGGGACAGGUGUUGGCGGACCUUUUGCACCGACUGCUGCCAAACAGCCGACUGACACCAAGACUUCAACGCCAGCUAUGGCUCCGGUACCAACCACCGACAGCCAGAAACAGCUGAAAUCUGCAGAGGAGUGGAGCAAGACAGAACCUGAAAAGCAAACUGCCAAAGACACCAAACCGUACCACAAGAAAGGAGAGCAGAUUACACCGAUAAAGGAAAUAAAGAAGUCUAGACACUAUGAUGACACAAAAAACAACAGCACCCAUGACUUGUCACGUAGCCCUCAGAGCCUUAGUGACACCGGCUACUCCUCUGAUGGCAUCUCCAGCUCCCACAGUGAAAUUACAGGCCUAAUCCAAGAGGAGGAGAUGAAGCUAAGCGAGAGAGGAGUCAUUGGACGGGGCUCCCCACCAAGCCCCUCUGAAAUCACCAAGCUAGAGAGUUCCAUGAGGCCACUGCUGGAGAAAAGUCUGUCUGAAGAGAAACCAGAUCGAAGAGGAAGGAAACACAGAGACAGAGACUUGGAUGACAGGGGGAAGCCACGCCCACGUUCUCUUUCCAUCCCACCAGAUGCCUAUGACUCUGAUGAGGAAUUAGAAGAUAUACUAGAGGAGGAGAAAGAUGAUGACGACUGGGAGGAUAAAAGGAAGGAAGGGAAAGAAGAAAAGAAGGACAAGAAAAAGAAGGAAAAGGAGCCUGAGCCCACCGAAAUGACUGAUGAAGAAUUCAUGAGAAGGCAGAUAAUGGAGAUGAGUGCUGAUGAAGAAAAUGAAGAGGAAGAGAUGGAGGAAGAUGAGGAUGAGGAGGAUGAAGGAUAUGGCUACCAGAAACCGAAGAAAAGUCAUCAUAAGCACAUCAUAUCCGAAUCAGGGAAAGAGAAGAGACGUCUUCAACACCACUCAAGCAGUUUUGAGGAGGAAACCAAGAGUUCUACUGAUGUCUAUAAAGGCUCAUUGGAAGAGGGUGAAGAAGAUGUGAUGGCAUCACAGGGAGGACUGAGGCGCUUCAAAACCAUUGAACUCAACAACACAAAUAGCUACAGCCGAGAUAUGGACCUGAGCAAUGACAAUGACUUGAGCCUUGUUGGGGAACCAGAGCUGGAGAUGGAGAGUCUGACAGGAUCUCCUGAGGAGCGUUCUAGAGGUGACUAUUCUUCAACUUUGCCACCGACUUCAUCCUCAUAUGGCUCAGGACAGUCUCCUACAUCCAUCUCAUCAAUGGAAGAAGACAGUGAUAGCAGUCCCAGCAGGAGGCAAAGAUUGGAAGAGGCCAAGCAGCAGAGGAAAGCACGCCAUCGCUCUCACGGCCCUCUGCUUCCCACCAUUGAAGACUCAUCAGAAGAGGAUGAACUAAGAGAAGAAGAAGAACUUUUAAGAGAGCAGGAGAAAAUGAGAGAGGUGGAACAGCAGAGAAUAAGAAGCACAGCACGAAAGACUAAAAGAGAUAAGGAGGAGUUACGAGCACAGAGGCGCAGAGAAAGGUCCAAGACACCACCUAGUAAUCUCUCACCAAUUGAAGAUGCCUCACCUACUGAAGAACUAAGACAAGCAGCGGAAAUGGAAGAGCUUCAUCGUUCCUCUGCUUCUGAAUAUUCCCCUCAAAGCCUGGAUUCCGAAGCGGAGGGAUAUGAGUCUAAACUUUACAAGUCAGGCAGUGAGUACAACCUGCCUACCUUUAUGUCUUUAUACUCAGCUGUAGAGAAAUCCUCUACAACGACCACUACCACUGCCCCAUCUUCAACUUCCAAACCUCUAAAGAGUGCUGAAGAGGUUUAUGAGGAGAUGAUGAGGAAGGCAGAGAUGCUUCAAAAACAACAGAAACCACAGCAACAACAACCACAACAUGCAAGACAUGGGCAAUACUACGAAGAGGACAUCAAUGGACAAAAUUAUGAUGAUGAGUAUGAUUAUGAACAAGAUCAAGGAUAUGACAAUGAGGCAGCAGAGAAAGAAACUGAUAUUUAUGAGGAAAUCAGACAAACAUCUCAGAACAUCACCAAGAUGCAGCAGGCCACAGAUGAACAAGUAGAGAUUGAGAUUGAGAGCUCUUACCCAGAAAAGCAGCUCUUAGACACAGGCUCAGCCUUUGCUAAAUUGCUGGAGCAGAGCAAUGCCCUCUUAACCCCAGGGACCAGCCCCACCCAGAGUUCAGCUCCUGUCUCUUUUGCUGAGACUGGGGGGCGGAUACCUGAUGUUAGAGUAAGCCAGCACUUCAUUGCAAAGGAUGGGCACAAAGAUAAGAUUAAAAGUCAAGCAGGAAAAAAUGGGAUAACACCAAUAGUGGCUUCUACCACUAUUGCAGCUUAUGGAGUUUAUGCCAGGGACACAGUAACAGUUUCACAAACUAGCUCAAGCAACACUAUAACAUCUACUCAGUCUGAUGGAUCUCGCAGGCACACAGGAAGUCCUUCGACAUCCACCUCUACAGUUUCAAGUGUAUGCAGUAAGAUUGCAGAGAUUACCCAAGCUUACAGUCAAAGAGAGGUGCUUACAAGAAGGGUUGGGGAAACCAGAAGUGUCCAAGUGCGAGACAGCUCAACAUCCUCGACUGAGAGGAUUAUUGAACCACGUUCUCCUAAAUAUACUACCUAUUACAGAAGCACCAGUCCUCCUCUCUCUCCAUCCCCACCGCCACAGAGUCCUACCCGUUGUUCUUCCAGAAGAGCUACAGCUGAGUUCUCUACACAGACCUUUAGCUCAGCAUUGCGGAUGGAGUCUGGAUCUGGGCCUACAUCUCCAGUAACAGCUCAGGGAACCCAAACAUCACAUCGAUCAGUUUCUCCACGACUGUAUCGACAGCAAUCUUCCCAGGACGCUCCAUAUUCUCCACCUCCAAGCCCAGCUAGACCAAUGACAGUGAACACUGCUACUUCUCCUCUGUCUUCACCUACUCGAUUUAGCCGCCAAUCAACUUUUGACAGUUACUCCCCAUGUGGCAGCCCUCCAGACACACCACCGUACCAAUACUCUCCUACACGCAGUUUCUAUCAAGUACAAAGAGUAGAGAAGGUAAAUGUUGGAACAAGUAUGGUCACCACAGCCAGCAUAUACACCAGAGGGUCCAUGUCAAUGGAUAAUAUCUCCCUCUGUAGAAUAUCAACAGUCCCAGGCACCUCCAGGGUAGAACAGGGUCAUAUGAUCCAAGGUGGAAGUGUUGUAGAUCUAAGAACAGUCACCAAACCAGCUCCUAUUAUCAUGACUGACCAGGGAAUGGAUCUUACUUCCUUAGCCACAGAAAGUAGAAAAUACCAUGGCGGAGCAGAUGGUACCAGACACUCAACAAUUGUACAGCCGCUGAUUAUGAAUUUAAACACCCAGGAGAUCACCACACCAACCACUGUUAGUGUCACUGUGGCUGCUUCUAUGUUUAUGACACAGUCCAAGCAGCCAACGGUGUAUGGGGAUCCCCAUCAAAACCGACUGGAUCUUGGUCAGGGCAUGGGCUCAGCAGUGUGUCUUUCCCAGAACAAACCACCUACUUCUCCUCCAGUUGAUCCAACAAUACCCAAAAUCGAUGCAAAACUGGAAGAUCUUAGUAUCCAACAGAGAGAACUGCAAAAACAACAAGAGAAGCUUCAGAAACAACAAGAAAUUCUUGAGCAGCAGUUACAGCAACACCAUCACAUGCAACACCAACAACAGACAACUGUUCUCUCCAGGUAUAACCUUCCUAGCCAAAUCUCACCCUUAGUCAAAAAGGACUUGCUGGUCAGCCAGACUAGCAGUGCACCAGCAGUGGUCAGUGCUGUAACAACAGUCAUUAACCCUGAGCUGUACGGCACUGGCCCCAUUGAGCUGAAAGGAAAGCCCAGUCCUCCAGGUUUGGUGUUAGGAGGAAAAUUACCACAUAGUAUGGUAGUUCAGAUGGAUGGAGGGCUCGAGCACACAAGGGCAAUAACUCAGCUAGUGAAGGUAGAAGAAGGGCAAGAUGCUUUGGACCUGGCAGGAGGCCAAAUUAAACCCGACAACCAACCAGCUUGCUGUGAUGUUGUCUACAGACUUCCAUUUAGUGGAAGCUGUGUCGGUAUAUCUGAGAAAGAAGGCAUAAGGCCACCAUCUGCCCCACCUAUCACCUAUGAGUCGGAACAAGAAAGUCAACCUGGAAGGUUCCAUGAAUAUCCAAUGGAUACACGCAAAGACUACACCUUGCCUUUUCCUGGUCGACUCCAGCCCUCAAUGUCUGAUACAAACCUUGCUGAUGCUGGGCUACAGUCCUAUCAUUCCAAACUGGAACAACAUCUCCAGUCCUCAGGUGAACUUGCCAUGGAUUUAACUGCAAUGAAACAGAGUUAUGGAGGAUAUAUUGGCAUGCAGUAUGGUUCCUAUACAGAUUUACGGCAUGGAGGAGACGUUGCUUCCCAAACACUGCCAAUAAGAAGGUAUAAUUCCUUGUCAAAUAUAAGCUCAGAUUAUGGCUAUUCUGCUCGCGACAUUGCUGGCUUCCAAGAAGCUAACUUGGCUCAGUACAGUGCAACCACUGCAAGGGAGAUCAGUCGGAUGUGUGCUGCUCUUAAUUCCAUGGAUCGGUAUGGAAGCAACCCUGACUUGAUGCAGUUCAGCAGUUUAGGAAGAAAUACUAUUACAGGGGCCUCCAGACUUGUAGCAAGUCUUGGGAUGAGACAAGGCCUUCUUAUCGGACCAGAUGGAAAGCCAAUCUCUCACAGUCAAGCACUAGCCAACCUUAUCAAUGCCAGACAGGCAAGUCUACGAGCCAUGUACCCUGCUGCUAUUAGGUCUUCUGAUGGGAUGAUUUACUCCACCAUUCAGACCCCUAUUGCUUCAACACUUCCCAUCACAACUCAGCCUGCCUCUGUACUUCGACCACUUUUGAGGGGAGUCUACAGGCAAUACCCCUCUCCCAAUAUGACACCAGUACCCCUCUCCAGUCUUACCAGACUCCCUAUUAGCCCAAGAAUGCCCUUGAGUGGACAAGUUCCAGUCAGGUACCCUGCACCAGGUCUUCUUCAAACAACCUCAACCACAGCCACUACCUCUGCUGUUGUAUCAACCUCAGCACCAUUCGGACCCAUUGUGUCCAUGUAUAUGACGACUGCUAGCUCAACAGUCCAAGAUGAACCAGUUUACCUUGGCAAAGGUGUUGCGAUGACGCCCUCAUCAACAGAGGUCACAUCAGUACAAGGUAUAGUGGUCAUACCAUCUGAGCCACAGCAGCAGCCAAUAAACCUGUCCCAAGCUCACCUUAACAGCCAACAACAACAACAGCUAGAGAAUACAGCUGCUCAACAGCCACAAGGCGCAGCAUAUGCAUACCCACCCUCAGGUCCCACACCUACCCAUGGCAAUACCCAACUGGCAGCAGGGCCCGCUCUCCCCGCCAGUGGCUUACCCAUUCCAGGUGGUCUUCCUCCCUUUCCUCCACCAGGUGCCAUACACAAGGAGGGUGAAACCGAGGCAGACAGGUUGCACCGACAGCAGGAGCAGCUCCUACAAAUGGAGAGGGAGCGUGUGGAGCUAGAAAAAUUUCGGCAACUGCGUGUACAGGAGGAGCUGGAGCGAGAAAGGAUAGAACUAAAGCUGCACAGGGAGAAGGAGCAGAUUCUGGUACAGAGGGAGUUACAGGACCUGCAGACCAUCAAGGAACAGGUAUUACAUCAACAGCAGCAAGAACGUGAGAAACAACUCGUGCUCCAGCGAGAACAGCUGGCCCAGCAGAAGGCUCAGCUAGACCAGAUCCAGUCAUUACAGCAGCAGCUCCAGCAGCAGCUGGAAGAGCAGAAAAGGCAGAAAACAGCAGCUAAAUCUCAGAGCAUGCAGAUGGAUGUAAAUGGAGAGCCCCUGCACCCGUACCUAGACUCUCAAAUGAGCUCUCGUUCCCUCCCCAACUCUUCCUCAGAGAUGUGUCUGAGGACUCAGGAGGAGCAAAUGGAGACUAGGAGUAGCAUGAGGAAGCAUAGCUCCAUGAGCAGACUGAGCAGAGACACCAUGGACGGAGAUGGCGUGGUGUUCUACGGCUCCCCCCGUAGGAUUGUGGAUAGCUGUGUGCAGACUGACGAAGAAGAUGGCGAGGAAAGGUACAUGAUGCGUCACCGCACAAGAAGGCGUGGUCGCAGUGUUGACUGCUCCAUGCAGACGGAUGACGAUGAAGACAAGGCUGAAACCGAGCAUCCGGUCCGCCGAAGGCGAUCCCGUUUCUCCCGACACGCUGAGGCCAGUGCAGCAGGAAGCAGCGUUGCGGCGACAGCCAACAUGGCUACUGACACCAAAACUGAUGCACCCAAGAUGGUUUCCUCCAGUGUCGGCAGCCAGACCAUCAGGGAAAUGUCUUGCCAGACAGAAGCCGAGCACCUAGGAAGAGUCUCCCCAGCGAUCCACGUGACAGUGCCAGACCCUAACAAAGUAGAGAUCGUGCAUUACAUUUCUGGACCAGAGCGAACACAAAAAGGACAAUCUCUUGCAUGUCAGACCGACCCGGAAGCACAGUCACAGGGUGUUGUAGCUCCUCAGCUCAGUGUACCGACCACAAUCAGUCCAUAUUCUUCUACCAGCACCGGAACGCAGCAAUCAGGUUCUGGUGACCUUCUGAGCCAGCAGCGCCAGCAGCAGCAUAUCACAGCAAAUGCAGUCAAGUUUGAGAGACGCCGUCCUGAUCCACUUGACAUCAACUAUCAACCUCACAACCACCUCCACAACGAAUCCGUCUCCAGUAUCAUCAGACAGCAGCAGACGACUCCAAAAUCUCCACAAGUCCUCCACUCCCCGGUCUCCCCGGUGUCCCCUCACCGCCUGCUUGAGGCCUCUUUGUCAAACGAGAGACUGAACAAGGCUCACGUCACGCCUCAGCAGAAGUCCUACACAGCUGAGUCCCCCCAGCGACACCCGUCUUUGCCCCGACCAAUGAAGAGCACCCAAAGGUCCAUGUCAGACCCCAAGCCCCUCAGUCCCACCACAGAUGAGCAUACCAAGGCUAGACUCUCUCUGUAUCAACAACAAGCCCUACAGAGCCAGCUGGCAGCCUUACAGCAGAGCUCGCUGCUCCGCAAGGUCAAGCGAACCCUGCCCAGCCCUCCUCCAGAGGAGACUGCUUCAUCUGCUCACCUGCCCAUGAUGACGCCUGUCCUCCAACAGGCCUACAUGCCCUCUGUGCCCAGCCUUAAGCCCAGCUCAAGGUCUGGCCUGGCUGCCAAAGCCAGCCUCCUCAAAGAUCUGACCCACGAGCUGAAGGCCGUGGAACAAGAGUCGACCAAGCUUAGGAAGCAGCAGGCUGAACUUGAGGAGGAGGAGAAAGAGAUUGAUGCUAAACUGAGAUACCUUGAGCUUGGAAUCCACCAGAGAAAAGAGACACUGGUCAAGGAGAGGGAGAGAAGGGACAUUGCCUACCUGAGAUGUAUGGGGGACACUAGGGAUUACAUGUCUGAUAGUGAGUUGAAUAACUUACGUUUAGCAGCCGCAGCUGCGUCACAUGAAACCAAUGGACUACUAACAACUAGACCAAGCACUGCUCCACUAAGCCAGUUUACCAGCGACCUCAACACAGCAGCCCAGUACCCACCAACCUCAUCCUUCCUCUCCUGUCCGUACCCCCAAAGCCAACCACCAGCACCAUCUCAGCAAGUCUCAAGUGUUCCAUAUCAGUCAUCAACAAUCAACCAGCCUCCUUACCCAACUGUUUCGCAGUCACAGGCACUGCCACAGCCAACACCUCUUCAAAGUCAUGUUCCCCAAACUGGACCUUCCUACCAGUCUCAAACAUCCUAUCCAUCUCAUACCUACCCUCAAACCCAGCCCCCAUACCCCCAGACAGACAUGGGAAUACCAGCCGCACCUCAGGUUCAGCCAGUGCACACUGGUUUUGGGCCUGCACCACCUGGUCAGCCCCCAUACCCCACCCACAGCUCACCCUAUCCCAGCGCUGUCUCCUCCUACCCCAGCCAGACUACUCCAUACCCUGGACAACCCCAAGUUGAUAUCCUGACGGUUCAUCCGGGAAGACCAAGGCAGACUUCACUAGCUGAUCUGGAGCACAAGAUGCCAACAAACUAUGAGACAAUCAGCAACCCCACAGUUGUGGUUACCACCACAGCUCAAGAAGCAGGCUUUUCAAAUGCAGCCCCGUCCUAUGGUCAGUACACAGGAACAACAACCAUGCCAAGCUCCUACGGGCCCUACGGCUCUGCGCCUGUGUCUAGCGGCUAUGGUGGGUAUUCUACAAUACCACCCAGCACUUACGGCCCAUAUACUUCAACCCCAGCUAGUUCAUACGGCCAAUACACCACAACCACUGCUAAUGCUUAUGGCUACACCACCACUACUACAGCAAGCUCUUAUGGACAGUACAGUUCCACACUUCCCAAUGCCUAUGGGCAUCCUGUAGACACCCCUUCCACCUACAACACAGCAGAUGGGAUGUAUGGGGCUCCUGGCUUAGAGCAAAACGUUCCAAGGAACUACAUGAUGAUUGAUGAUGUAAGUGAGCUGACGGCAAAGGAUGGGCUGGGCACGACAGCAGGGGACAUGAUGCAUCAUGGUGGCAGUGGGCGAUACCCGGGAGACAUCCAUGGCCACAGCAGCACCACUGGCAGCACAGCGCGAACUGGCAGCUCUCCUUACGGCAGGGCACCUGAGGAGGAAGCAGCGAUGCAGGAUGAGCUGUACGACCACCAUGGCAGGGGUAAGAGCAGCUACAGGCACGGACCUCUAGGGGGCAGCAGCAGCAGCGUGAGCGCUAGCAUGGGUGGGGGAUCCUCCUAUUUCUAUGACUACGACUACAAACAUGGCAGCAUCCACUCUGGGGUACAGAAACCUUUGUCUUCCUCCAGAAGCCUUCUUGCUCCUGCUGUCAUGUCCUCCAAGCGCAGCAAGCACAGGAAGCUGGGGAGUUUGGAGCAAAAAAUCUCAAAAUUUUCCCCCAUUGAGGAGGCUCGGGAUGUGGAGGCAGAUCUGGCCUCCUAUUCCUCUGCAACGGGUGGGACUUAUUCCUCCUCCAACGUUAGAGGACGCCAGCUAAUGGAGGAUUACGGCUUCAAGAGGAGUUCUUAUGAGGGCGGCUCUGGCACCACUCAUGGUAGUCGAUAUCAUGGUUCACUGGUGGAGGAGGACGAUCGGAUUUACUACACCUCCACUGGCCGCUCGCGUUCCACUGGCUACGGCAUGGACAAGAUUUCAGCUAGAGACUACCAUGGGUAUCGCAGCCGAUCCUACGAGAGAGACGACCGCUCCUACCGAUCUGGCUACAGGGGUCGCCAACCGGUCCGGCAGUACUCUGAGGAGGAGAGCCCACUCAGCCCCUCGGGGAGGUUCAUGGGUUCUGGGCGAUCUUCAAGCUUAGGUCCUGAUCCUUAUGAAAGUCGCAGCAGUAGAUAUCAUGACUAUUACGGCAAUUAUGGUUCCAGUCACUCGCUGCCAGAUGUCCAAGACCACAUAAGGGACCUUCCUCGGACCCACGUCUACAAAUGGGACGAUACUUUCAUUAUAGACGAUUAUCAUUGCGCUGUGUCAGACAGUGAAGCCUACCAUUUGGGCCAGGAAGAAACAGACUGGUUUGAGAAGCCACGCACCAGUUCUCGACACUACGGCAGCAGCCACUCAACUGGGAGGAGUCGGCACGGUGUCAAACACACGUACCAUGAUUAUGACGAGCCUCCUGAGGAGGACCUGUGGCCCCAGGAUGAGUAUGGCCACGGAGGGCGUCACUCAGCAUCCCGUGACCACAGGCAUCACGGCACUUCUAGCCGCCACUCGACCUCAUCGCGUCACUCAGAAGAGCCGAGGUCCUCGAGGUCUUCUAAGGGGCAUCCCAAAGAUCCAUCCAUGCGGCAUGACCCCUCAGCACGAUCUUCAUCGACAGGAAGGCGUGGGGAGUCGAGGUCUGGAGGGUAUCACACUACAGACUACUCCAGGGAUCCGUCUGGGCACCAUCACGGCCAAAGGUCGUCCAGGCAGGGGGACCCACAGAGGUCCUCACGCAGCAAGUCCCAGGUGGACAUGCAGGGCCAACCACCAGGCUCCUCUAGAUCUGGCAGCGGCUCCGGCCGGGCUCAGGGCCCUGUCGGUGGGCCGGCAGGGUCAGGACGGCAGGGCGGUCCAGGUUCCCAGACGGACGGGACUCCGGGACAGAGAACCCAGCUCCAGCAGCAGGCCCAGACAUCAGCUGCACGGCCGGGUCAGCCAGGGGCCGCAGCGACUGUUGGCCCUCAACAGCAGAUCCCAGCCCAGGGACCAGGCAUGGGCAUGGGCAUGGGGCAGGGGCCGGUCAAGCCGGGGCAGAUGGGGCAGAUGGGACCAGCAGGGGGAGCCAUGGGUCAGGCCAGGCAGCCCGGUCCAGCAGGGACCGCUCCAUCCCCCAUGACGAAGAUCGAUACACCUCCCGUGACAGCUAUUGGAGCAAAAGCAGCACCGGUCAUGGCCCAGAAGACCGCACAGCCCCCACUCACAGGAAUAGGAUCCAAGGCUGCGCCCAGGCCUGGAGGCAUCGGCAGUGCGGCAGCCGGUCAGCCGGGCGCGGAGGCAGGCAACGUGUUCUCCAAUAUGCUGCCUGGAGGAGCUGCUGAGCAGGCCGGCAAACUGGGAGAAGCUAUCUCCGGCUUUGGCAAGAAGUUUACCUCUUUGUGGUAAACUGAGGUAACUAUGUCGAGGAGAAAGAAAAAAUGAAGUCAUGAGGCCGCGUACCAGAAAAACCUGGGAAGUUCCCCCCCUUUUUUUUUACUGAGAGACAGAGACGGGAGGAGAGAGGGAGCAGAGAGGAGAGCUGAGCACACUGCCAUCAAGGACUGGAGACAUCUGGAUACUUCAUGUCUCGCAGCUGAGCACCGACUGACAGAGAGGACACGCUGCUCUCUCUGACAGUCCAGAUGAUAAUUCCCAGGCCAAGCCAGCAUCCCUCUUCAGAUGGAUUCUUAUUGAUUCAACCCCGAGAUGAAGAACCUGUGGAACCGCUCAACUAAACCUGCGUCACCUUCAUUCACACCUGCA